AUGCCCGGUACAGGAAUCACUGGACCCGUGUUGUUAUCUGUCGCAGCCCUGGCGGGAUACCUACUUCUCGUGAGGCGCCUGCGCCAUCAGCGGAUGCGUUCCAUCCUGAGCAAGUACUGCCGCUAUGUCGAUAGUCCUGAGGCAAUCAACGCCAUGACGCCGGAAGACGCCUUCGCCAUCCAAGCACUCGUUGCUGAAGUCGAAUUCCCCUCCAUGUUCUCCGUCGCCCUAUUCCUCGCCCUGUUCCAGGCCUUUGGCAUCCCGUCCAUUUCCCGCCUUCUCGUGGCCACCGGGGAGCUGUCGCGCAAGUCGACGGCGUCGAAGCGGGCGGCAGAUACGGGCGUGCUGGUGACCGAGAUUGUCUUUUGUGCACCCGGAACAGACCGCAGCGUUUCCGCCAUCGCUCGCAUGAACUGGAUCCACGAUCGCUACCGCAAGUCUGGCGCCAUCAGGGACGAUGACAUGCUCUACACGCUCGGUCUGUUCGCCUUGGAGCCGAUUCGAUGGGUCCAAAGAUUCGAAUGGAGAGCUCUCACCGACCUGGAGCGUUGCGCAAUAGCUGUUUGCUGGAAGAAGCUGGGUGAUGUGAUGGGCAUCUCCUACUCUCCACUGCCCUCUGGCGCGAGAGGAUGGCAGAAUGGACUGGAGUGGUUGGAAGAGCUCGAGACGUGGAGCAAGCAGUACGAAAUCCAACACAUGACGCCUAGCACGAGCAACACGGCACUAGCUAUUUCCGCCCUCAAUGUCGUCUUGACCAACGUUCCCAGAAUGGUCAAGCCCGUAGCCGCGCAGUUCGCCGUUGCCUCCUUCAGCCCUCGACUGAGAACCGCCCUGGCGUUUGACAAGCCGCCCCUCUGGGUACGAGGGGGCUUGUCCCUGGUUUUGAGUAUCCGAAAGCUGCUUCUAAGGCACUUGUUUCUUCCCAGGCCGCUUUUUAUGCGCAAGAAAUGGUCCAGCGAAGCCGAAGCCAAGACUGGCUAUUAUAAUUCCGAGCACUACAUUGCCCAUCCUUGGUAUGCUCGGCCUGCCUCCAAGUGCAGAUGGAGCUGCAGGUCAUGGAUCCUAUUGCUUACAGGGGGCUACGUCCCGUCACACAACACGCCCGAGUUUCGUCCCCAGGGAUACAGGAUUCCAGACGUCGGCCCAGCAGGGCUGGAGGGCCAGAGCACGGAAGAUGUGGAAGCAGCAAAACACAUGAUUCGAAAGAUGCAAGCCUGUCCGUUCCACCCUGGGAAGUAG